CGGACAUUGAACAAAUGGUACCAACAUGACAUUUUGAUGUGGCAACUUCCUUUUUCUCGUGUUCUUUUGACAGCACGAGGUUAUAAUUUCUAUUUUGCGAUAGAAAAGAAGCAGCAAUGGCUGAGGAAAACUGGAACGACGACAACAUGGAAGGCGGCAGCAUGGCUGUUGAGGCCAUGCCGCUACCACAGGCCGCUGACAUUCCCGAAAUCAAAUUGUUCGGGAGAUGGAGCUGUUAUGAUGUCCAGGUUUCUGACAUGUCUCUCCAAGACUACAUUUCCGUAAAAGAGAAGUACGCCAAGUACCUGCCACACUCCGCUGGGCGGUAUGCUCACAAGCGUUUCCGCAAGGCUCAAUGCCCCAUCGUCGAGCGUCUUACCAACUCUCUGAUGAUGCACGGUCGUAACAAUGGCAAGAAGCUGAUGGCCGUAAGAAUUGUUAAGCACGCAUUUGAAAUCAUCCACUUGCUGACUGGGGAAAACCCUCUACAAGUUCUGGUGACUGCUAUCAUCAACUCUGGCCCCCGUGAAGACUCGACCAGAAUUGGUCGUGCUGGUACUGUGCGCCGUCAAGCUGUGGAUGUCUCUCCCCUGAGACGAGUUAACCAGGCUAUCUGGUUGCUGUGCACUGGUGCCCGUGAGGCUGCUUUCAGGAACAUUAAGACCAUUGCUGAGUGUGUGGCUGAUGAGCUCAUCAAUGCUGCUAAGGGUUCAUCUAACUCGUAUGCCAUUAAGAAGAAGGACGAACUUGAGCGUGUUGCUAAGUCCAACCGUUAAUCUAUAAGGGAUACACUCAAUAAAAAAGUAAGAAAA